AUGUCAUCCACCAGCUCCACCAACCGCGGAGCACCGGUGAUCUUCCAAUUCACCCCAACGCAUCUCGUGGUCGGAGCAAUUGGACAAGUUGGGGGACCCAAUGUCAUUCCAUACGACGGCUACACGUUACAAUGGCCCACUCAGGUUGAAGGAGACACAGAAGAGCCUGGCGCCAACCUUGGCUCGUUACUCAGCUUCUUACACAAAACCAUCCGACAUGCAUUCUCGUCAGUUCUACUGCUGGACUCGUCCAAACACAAGGCCAUCAUCUGUGAGUCGGUGUUUCCACUCAGUGAUCCGAUCAAACGUGUGUUGAGAUUAGUAUUUACAGGAUACGAGCAGAUUCCACAGUCGUCACGUGAUGGCAGACAGUCACGGGACGGUCGCCACUCAAGACAUUCGAAUGAUGGUAGACAGUCACGAGAUACACACACUCGCGAAUCAGAACGGUUUUCAAGGGAAGGAGUGCAUGUUGCUCGAAAGGCAGGCUUUCUGAACUGUCCAGGAAUUGCAUUUUCGCCCACCCCGCUCUGUCUGACGCUCAGUGCACGGUCAGACGUUGCUCUUGUGAUCGAUGUGUCUUCGGUUGAGAUUACGAUAGUCCCUGUGUACGACUCUCGAGUUAUGUCCAGUCAUGUGAAAUUUCGAAAGGCUGCGCCCCUGGACCAGCUAUUUGAGCACUCUGCUGACUCACAUGAUGACGACGACGAGGUGCCUUUGCAUACUAUUAUUUAUAAGCUUGUCAAGAGUCUCGACAUUGAUCUGCAACCGCCGUUGUACGAGAACCUCCUUUUUUCUGGUCUCAAAAUUGAAGGCUUGGAAGCAAAGACAGUCGAAAAGCUUGAUGAGCUGGGAACUAAAUGUCAGGUGAUACAGCCCAUGGACCUGUGGACUGCUACCACUGUCUUUUACCAGAGCACCGGCAAUCCCGAGCGGUUGCGGCGUGUUCGGUUGAUUGGCGAUCUGGUUGUUGAUCUAGACACUGCUGCAGUGAAAGAAUGCACUCGGUUUCUCGAGUUGUGCGAAAAUGAAGAUUUCAACGGAGUCAUGUUGGAAAUGAGUGGCAAGGUGCUGAGCACACUGAGGGGAGGCAGCGGUAUUUCUGGGGGCCGUGACGGUGGUUCUAGCUCUGAAGUCGGAGCUGUUGGAUUCAGUGAGAGUGGAGAUCUUCUUUUUUCACUAGGAGAGAAACUGGAUCAUGCCUUGGGACACAUUGUGGAGGGCGCGGAGUUACUAGAGGGUCUGAACGGAGGCAGCAUCGAGAUCAUUCAUGUUCUAGAGGGCCUGGAAACUGGUGAAGAGGGUGAAGAUGCUGCGGAAGAUUCUGUAAUUGGCGAUGAUGGUACCAAGGAAGACACUGGGCUACAGGCUGGAUUGAACAUCACGAAAGCAGAUUCAGCCAAGGCAACCCAUGCAGCGCCAUCGGAAACUACCUCUCAAGCUUUGACUCUUGAAAUCAUCGGUGAUUUGCCUUUUGCUGAGAUAAAACCCUCCGAGACAGUCUUGUUUGUGUGCAAGCUCAAUCCUGUCACGGAAGCUGAGGAUCUGGAGCUCAUUUUCUCCCGGUUCGGCGAGAUCACUGGGUGUCAGAUUGUCAAGGAUCCUGUAACCGGUAGCUCGUUACAGUAUGGGUUCAUUGAGUAUACUACGCGGGAAGACUGUGAGAGAGCCUACUUGAAGAUGGAGGGUGUUCUUAUUGAUGAUCACCGGAUUCAUGUUGAUUUCAGCCAAAGUGUGAGAAAGAUGCAGCAGAGAAAACAAGGUGGAGGUGGCAGGGAGUGGCGGGAUUAUGACCCUGAAGAGAGGAGAUCUGGUAGAGAUAGCCGAUCUGAUCGUGAUUCCCGGCAUAGAAGGUCUGACGACAAAAGGUCUGUCGACAGAGGAGCAGAUAGACAGUCAGAUAGAAGGUCGCAUCGUUCGGAUCGUGACUCCAGAGACUCUCGGUCCAGUAGGACUAACAGAAGUUCCAGAUCGGAUAGAGAUUAUAGAGAGAGUCGAGACAAUAGCGACUCACAUGACUCUAGAAGAUCACACAGGGAUUCACGUGACUCACACAGAUCAGGCCGAGACAGAGACAGAGAUAGGUCUCCUGGUCGGUCCAGACGGCCUGACAGAGAUAGACGGGACAGGGAUAGAGACUACGAUCGCGACAGAGAUAGAGAUGAGCGUGACAGCCGCGAUAGACGUGAUAGACGUGAUAGACGUGAGGGGCAUGAACGGGAGUCUGACAAGCGUUCCCACCGUCCACUUCGUUCUGACAAGGACCGUUCAGAAAGACGAUCAAGACACUAA